UGUUCCAAUGUUGUGAAAUAUCAUGAUUCAUAAUAGUGUGCAUAUAAAACCUCGGAAAACAUCGUUAGUUCACACUACACUUUUCAACGUUAAGUGUACAACAACAGCAUCAAAAUGGAAUUCGGGUGGCAUCACGGACACGGUCACGGUCCGAGACACGGCCGUAUCGGCAGGCCCAGAGGUCCCUGCGACAGGAGACCGUUCGACUUCAGAUUCGGUGACAACAGGUUCGGUUUCGAUGUGACGGUUGACCCUCACGAGUUCAUAAGGGGUUUUGGCGACGUUUUCAAUCCACCACCGCAAAGACAACGCCGCGACGUGACUACGUUCCGUCUCCAGUUGGAUAUGCAGCAGUUCGAGGCGGAUCAAAUCAAAGUGAAAGUGUCGAACGAAAAUACGAUAGUGGUUGAGGCCAAGCACGAGAACAAACCGGACGAGUACGGGACCGUGUCCAGGCAUUUCCAGAGGAAGAUCGUCCUGCCACAGGAGUACGACAUAGCCAAGGUCGAAAGUCGAUUUUCCAUGAGUGGAGUGCUAACCAUUACCGCACCCCGGAAGGAUGGAGGCGAAGUCGAAAUCCAAGUCAUUCACGAUGAUGAUGAAGUUGAGAUGAACGUGGAGCCUCAUGAUUAAUUAUUUGUACUGUGAUAUUUAUAGAGUCUGUGUAUACAAAUAAAGUUCUAUGUUUAGAAUGAUA